AUGUACCGUAAGUCAUCCAUUUUGUUAAUGCUUCUCUUGCUUUCCUUGGCUACAACCUUGCCCUCUGCCCAAGCAAGCAAACAAGUCCCCCGCGUCGGAUACUAUUCGCGUUCAUGUCCCAGCGCAGAGUCCAUUGUCAAACAAACAGUUCAAUCUCACUUCAAAUCCAAUCCUACCAUUGCUCCUGGCUUGUUAAGAAUGCACUUCCAUGACUGCUUUGUUCAAGGCUGCGAUGGUUCUGUUCUUCUUGACGGUCCAAGCACGGAGAAAACUGCCGGCCCUAACCGCGGAUUAAGAGGUUGGGAUGUUAUCGACGAUGCAAAGACAAAGCUUGAAGCCGCAUGCCCUGGGGUUGUUUCCUGUGCUGACAUUCUCGCCCUAGCUGCUCGUGAUUCUGUCGUUUUGACCAAGGGAAUCGAUUGGAAGGUGCCUACCGGAAGAUUAGACGGACGUGUUUCAUUGGCAUCCGAGACUUCAGCUCUGCCUGGCGCUAGGGACUCCAUGAAAGUACAGAAGGACAAGUUCAAGAAUUUAGGUCUCAACACUCAAGAUCUUGUCACUCUUGUUGGUGGACACACCAUUGGAACUACCGCUUGUCAGUUAUUCAGCUAUAGACUCUAUAACUUCAACACAACUGGAAAUGGUGAUGCUACAGACCCUACUAUCAGUCCUUCAUUCCUUUCUCAACUAAAAUCACUUUGCCCACAAAAUGAUGAUGGAACCAAGCGUGUUGAUCUAGACACAGGCAGCGUAAACCGAUUUGAUGCAACAUUCUUUAAGAACUUGAAGAAUGGGCGUGGUGUACUCGAGUCCGAUCAAAUGUUAUGGACUGAUGCCUCCACCAGAAGCUUUGUCCAACGUUUCUUGGGAGUCAGAGGCUUGCAAGCACUGAAUUUUAAUGCAGAGUUCGGAAGGUCUAUGGUGAAGAUGAGUAAAAUUGGUUUGAAACCUGCGGCAAAGGGUGAAAUUCGCCGCAUUUGUUCUGUAACUAACUGA